GCGCGCUGCGUCUGCAGCCGCCGUCGGGGCGAUCGAUCUCCGCGCCGUCCCCGGGAUCUGCGCGCCGGGCGAGUCUGAGCUGCCCGUUCGGAGCAGGGGUGUUUUUUCUUUGUGUGUGUUUGCGCUGGGUUUACAAGUAGUCUCUUAGUCCUAUUUUGUAACAGAUUAUGAUCCAACCAUUGAAGAUUCCUAUACAAAGCAGUGUGUGAUAGAUGACCGAGCAGCCCGGCUAGAUAUUUUGGAUACAGCUGGACAAGAAGAGUUUGGAGCCAUGAGGGAGCAGUACAUGCGGACUGGGGAAGGCUUCCUUUUGGUCUUCUCCGUCACAGACAGAGGCAGUUUUGAAGAAAUCUAUAAGUUUCAAAGACAGAUUCUUAGAGUAAAGGAUCGUGAUGAGUUUCCAAUGAUUUUAAUUGGCAACAAAGCAGACCUGGAUCAUCAAAGGCAGGUGACACAGGAGGAAGGACAGCAGUUAGCACGGCAACUUAAGGUAACAUACAUGGAGGCGUCGGCAAAGAUUAGGAUGAAUGUAGAUCAAGCUUUCCAUGAACUUGUUCGAGUUAUAAGGAAAUUUCAAGAGCAAGAAUGUCCUCCUUCACCAGAACCAACACGGAAAGAAAAAGACAAGAAAGGCUGCCAUUGUGUCAUAUUCUAAGAAUCCCUUCAGUUUUAGCUACCAACUGCCAGGGAAGGCCCUCAUCUCCUCCUCCUCUCCUUGUGGUUUACAUCAUGUUGGUACCUUUCUAGCCUUAGACAAAUGAUCACCGUGUUAGCCUUAGACCAAGAAGCCGGCUAAUCCUUCCCAUGAAGCUAAUACAAUGGUCCUUUCCAGGUCAAUUUAAAGGAAACACUAAGGCUGCUUCAAAGAUUAUCUGAUUCCUUUAAAAUACUGUCUACAUACAUAGACACUCUUUUUUUAAGGGCUUACAUUUUAUUAGGGGAUGAGUCAGUUUUGGAACUGAAGUUAUUUGCCAAGCUGAAGUCAUAGGUUGUGAAAUACUUUUUAACUUCUGGAAUCAUAUUGCCUACUGUUACUCUAAAUAGAAACAUAAGGAGUUUUUAAAAAAAUGUGAAUUUUUGCCUAUCCUUAGAAAUUUUGAUGUCAACUUUAACCUUAAGUACACUGAAUGGAAUCUACAAAAGUGAGACAUCUCAGACCUUUCCUGAUGCUACAGCUUUUGUUUUCCAGUGGCCAAAAAUACCAAAAUGUCUGUUGUAUUUAUGGAUUAAAAACUGCUUAUCAAGCCUUUGUUAUUACUCUUCCUCCUGAAGAUGGUAAUAAUCUAUGUGGCCAAAUAUUUGGACCCUUUCUGGACUUAAGCAUUUUACUGUAGUUGGUUUCCUAAUUUAAUGCUCUCCAUAGUCUUGCUAAUGGUAGGAAUGAGUAAUUUCUGUUUGUCUUCAUUUUCAAGUAUUUCUGGUUAAGGGAUUCAAAAAAAAAAAAAACUAAAACUGUUUUUGUUUGAUGUAAUAUAAAAUAUGGAAUUGAUCUUUCCAGAGUCAGAGAUGAUUAAUGUUUUUGCUAUAUACUUUUAUACAUUAUUUUCUUAUCAAACUAGUUAACAAGUAUUUUUAUAUGUUUGUAAGCAAAUAUGCUUUCACAGCAUACUCUGUGUAUAUGUAAAGAUAAGUAUUUAAUUCUCACUGUUCCCUUUCAACUGACAAAGAAAAAAAGUGGAAACUGCAGAAACUGUGGUAGAAUUUGGACUUGCCGGUCUGGUCCUGGUUGUACCCAUCUUUGGCCAGCCACACCCCUACUCAAGAAACCUUCCCAGUAGAGAGCAGCAGGAUGAGACUCUGACGUCACUUCCAGUGCCCCCCGCCCCCCACUAGGUAUUGACUGGUGUUUAUCAAGUAUUAUGUGUAAAACGUUUGAUUGACAAUUUAGUAUAAUUGUGGAUGGUUUCUGAUUUUGUUUUUAAUUCUGUGGAUUGUGUUUAAACAAUUCAAAAGUAUAUUUCUGAUGAGAUACUAAGUGGUAUCGCAUAGUUGUCACUUUAUUGAAUGUGUACAACAGUCCAUGAAAUUUAUAACGCCAACCUUGUAUAGCUUCAGGUGCUAGAAUUAAAAUUCAUCUGUUAUCACAA